UUUUUAUUUUCUCUCAACUUUAUUUACAACUCUUUUUUUUUUUUGAGGUAUAAAAACUUGCAUUUAGAUUUUUUUUUUUUUUGUAAAUUUAGUUGCGAAUUUAGUACAUAAUACUUUUUUUGGGUGGGGGAGAGGUUAAAAAAGGGUUUAGAUAAAAAUAGGGGGCGUUAAUUGCAGAUUCUUAUUAAAUUUUUUUCUUUUUUUUUAUUAAUUAAUGAUUAAUUAGUAAUGUUAUUAAUAAAAUUUAUUGAAAAUAUUAAUUUAUCAUUGUUGGUUUUAUUCCUCACUUGAAUAAUGACUAAUUGUUUUAGUUUUUUUUAUAAAUAAAUAAUUAUUCAAUAAUUAAUUAAUUAAAUUAAAAAAGUAUUUUGUUUUUUUUUUUUUGAGUUUUAAUUUAAAUAAUUAUUUAACUUACUUUUUAUUGUUUCUUCAGUUAUUAUAAAAUCAUCAAUAUUAUAUUGAUAAUAUUCCAUUUUUUUUUUACCACAUGGUACAUCAUGAGUAUCAACAAAAAUUGACUGUAUUCCCAUAUAAUUUUCAUAACUAUCCAUUUUAUUUUUCCUUUAAAUUAUUUAAAAAUUAAAUAAACAAUUAUUAUUAAAUAUAAAACAAUUUCACUAUUUAACAAAAAAAAUAAAUAAAUAAUGCAACAGUAAUUUAUUUAUUCAACUUGACAUAGAGCAAAAAAUGAAUAAAUGAAUCAAAAACCCAAAAAAAAUAAAUGACAAUCGUUUGAAAAUGUAAAAAAGAAGCGCGCGCAAAAUUUACCAUCCCUCACCUGACAAAACACACACACGCACACAUGACACACAUAAACAUGGAGGCCUAAAUAGUAAACAAUAGUAAAUAAAUAAUGAAAAUUUAAUUAAUUUAUAAAUAUAAGCUAUAAGUGAAUUUGUUUAAUUGUGUUAUUGAAUUAAACGAAAUAAAAUGUCAAGUAAACUGAUAAAUAUACUUGAUGAUGAUUGUUUAUCAAUAAUAUUAUCGUAUCUUCAACCAUUAGAACUUGUUGAAAUGAAAAAAGUUUGUCAACGCUGGAAUUAUGUGGCAGAGUUAGUUUGGAUUUUUAUUAAAAAAUUUGAAUGUACUAAUGGAGUUUUUGGCUGUAAAAAUAAUUGGCAAUUGGUAAAUUUUAAUCAAUUAGAAUAUGUCAUUUUAAAUGGUGGUCGUUAUUUAACACAUUUAACAUUAAAAAAUUUAUGUGGAUCUAAAAUUAUACCAUUGAUACGUGAUCAUUGUCACAAUCUUGUUAGACUUGAAUUAGUUUUAAAUCAAGAAACAUAUUCCGAAGAUUUUGAUGAUGCAUUUACUAAAAUGAAUCAACUAAAUUACAUAUCAAUUGAUGUAGAUUCAGGAUAUAAUUACACUUAUCUAUUGACGUAUGAAGCUAUUCCAUCUCUUCAUUCAUCUAUCAAUGAAAUUCAUUUACCAUUUAAAUCAUUGAGUGAUUCUCGUGGAAAUGAUCAAAAUAUGAUGUGGGAUUCUGAGUCCUUUCUAUUUUUUAUAAAAAAUUUUAAUAAUCUUCAAGCAUUGACAUUUCCUUAUCAAUCCAUAAAUGAUGAUAGUAUGUCAACAAUAUUAAAUUUUAAAACAUUAUUACAUUUGUCAUUGAGCAAUUCAGAAAUUAAUAGUCAUUGUUUGAUAAAAUUAUCUAAUUCAAUUAAUUUAGAAUAUUUAGAUUUAUCAUAUGUGAAUAGGGUUGAUGAUCGUGUAGUUUUGAAUAUUGCUAACAAUUGUUGUAAAUUAAAAUAUUUGAAUUUAAAAAUGUGCUCAUUAGUUACUGGAGAAUCGAUAAACAAAUUAACAAAACUCAUAAGUUUGGAACAUUUAUUUGUUGAAAAGUUAAAUCUCAAUAAAAAUUGUAUUUAUAAUAUUGCAAAUAAUUGCAAAAAUUUAAAGAGUUUAAAUAUAUCUGAAAGUAAAAAUGUGAAAAAAUCAGAUAUAAUGAAAAUUGGUGAAUUAAAAUUUUUAGAACAUUUGGAGCUUUGUAAUUUAGAAAGUGUUGAUGAUGAUGGAUUGAUAAAUAUUAUUCAUGAAUGUUGUAACUUAAAAUACUUGGAUAUAAAAAGAUGCUCCAAUUUAACUAAUAAAGCUCUUGUUGAGAUUAUUAUAAAAUUAAAAAAAUUACAAACACUUAUAGUAAUUGGUGUUCAAGAUAUCGAUGAUAGAUUUAUUUCUCGUUUACGCAAUUUAAAAUAUUUAAAUUGCAGUGCAACUAAAGUAACUGAUAUUGGCAUUAAAAAAGUUAUUAAAAAUUGUCCAAGUAUUGAAAAAUUAUCUGUUUGUCGUACUAAAAUCACUGUUGACAGUCUAUUUUUUGCUGCUCAAGAAACAAAUAAACGUUCAACUAAUAUCAUUUUAACAAUUGAAGUUGAUUGUCUCAUUGAAAGCAAAUAUAUCAUAAAUUCUCAAACUGGUUCAAAUGUUUUGUUAAAAAUUAAAGGAUUAUAAUUUUUAAAUAUUACAUUUACAAUUAAUUUAUUAAUUAUCAUAAUUUUCAUAUCAACCAAAAAAUAGUAUAAUAUUUUUUAUAAAAAAAAAGUUAAAUAAACAACGAGUUAAUAAUAAAAAAAUUAAAAAA